CACUUUAUAAACGUCACCGUCCGAACAUCGUCGCAUAAACUUGGAGAGACUAUCUCGGGAGGCGGUCUAACCGCGAUGCAGCUCCCUCCAAGGAUUUUCAGCUUCUCCAAUGUAAGCCUGCGGCCCUCGGCCUUUUAGAGAUGCCGAAUACUUCAGGCAGCUUUUUGAUAUACGUAGUGUUUAUUAAUCCAGUGAACCCCUUCUAUAAGAAUCCUUCCUGUAAGCUGAGACUCUUGGUUUCAUUAACAAUCAACCCCUCAAACUGUUGACCUUUUUUUCUCAAUUCUGAAUCAAAAUGGCUGAAGAAUUCAAGACGUACCGUGGCAGCUGCCAUUGUGGUGAUUACAUUUAUGAAAUCAAAUUAGGACUGGACUUCAAGGCGACUAAGUGCAAUUGUAGCUCAUGCUACAAGAAGGGCGGUUUGUGGGUUAUACCCAAGCAGGAUGAGAUUCAUUGGGUGGAAGGUGGCGUCGAUACCUUGACAAGCUACACAUUCGGAGAGAAGACAUUCCACCACAAGUUCUGCCCCGGCUGCGGAGCUCAGCUCUGCAUUGUGGGGACCAUGGAAGUUCCGAAGCCAGGUGAACCGUAUAAUCCUACGACCGUUUUCAAUGUUCGAAGUUUCCAGUAUGGCCAAGUUGGCGACGUAUGGACUCUGGAGACAAAGACUCUCGAUGGCAAAAGCUACAGAAAACCAUAUGAGCCAGCCAAAUUCACAGGGCCUGAACCAGAGGCUGCCACUGAGGGAGCAAAGAUAUACACUGGUAGCUGCCACUGCGGUGCCAUUAGAUUGGCAUUGAAAAUGAAGCCUCUCGACAAGACGUCCGACGAGCGAAUCAUGGACUGCAACUGCAGCAUCUGCAACAGGCACGGAUCCACAUGGAUGUACCCCAAGAAAGAUCAAGUAGUAAUCGAGGGCGAAGACAACCUCGGGGUUUACCUAUUCAACACCAAACUAUUCGGAAAAACGUUCUGCAAGAUAUGCGGUAUUCCGAUACACAACCAACCGCAGCCCAUCACGGAAGAGCAGUUCAAUAACUUGCCAGAGGGCCACCGCAAGUGGCUUAAGAGUGGACAGGACCUGAUGCCCAUUAACUUGAGAACUAUCGACGGUUUGGAUGUUGACGAUCUAAAUGUAGUACACUAUGAUGGGUACAAUAAGAACCCGCCACGCUACGUCGAGCCCUAGAUUUUGAGUGCAUCUGGGUAGUAAAUGAGGGGAGCGUGAGUCCGAACGUUGGUGAGUAACGAGGAUGUUGUACUCCUGUAGAGUCG